CGGCGGCGGCCCGAACGUGUUAAAUGGCUGUGCGUCGGCCAUGAUGGCUUUGAGCAGGGACCGUGUCACGCAAACAUGUUUUCAAAGUGAUAUAUCUCGUUUGGUGACUGAGUGACCGUGUUCCAGCGCGAUGGCCGGGGAACGAUGAGGCCCUGAGCGCUCUCUGUGCCGGGUACGUCGGCCCCAAGGCCCCCAGCCAGGCCUCAAUAGCCAGGUCCACGGCGUUCCGCGAGCCCGAGGCCCCCCCAGCGCAGCGCCGACCCGACUGGCCUCUUACGGUGCGGCCAGCCAUCCUUGGUUGUCAACACGCGCGGAGCCAGCCGCCCUCAGGAUGAGCAAGCUGUCGUUUAGGGCGCGCGCCCUGGACGCCUCCAAGCCCAUGCCGAUCUACAUGGCCGAGGAGCUGCCGGAUCUGCCAGAUUACUCGGCCAUUAACCGCGCGGUGCCCCAAAUGCCCAGCGGCAUGGAAAAGGAGGAGGAAUGCGAACAUCAUCUUCAAAGAGCGAUAUGCACGGGUCUAAUCAUUCCUACUCCUGAAGUAACCGAUCUGGCAGAUGCGGAAGCUUAUAACAAGAUAUAUCCCGCUGAUUAUAAGCUGCCUCGCCAAUUAAUACACAUGCAACCCUUUGCUAUGGAACAAGACAUACCAGACUACGAUAUGGAUUCGGAAGACGAAAAAUGGGUUGCGCUGCAAAGCCGUAAGAUGGAAUUGACUCCUCUUCAAUUUGAGGAAAUGAUGGAUCGUCUGGAGAAGAGUUCAGGACAAACUGUAGUUACUCUCAACGAAGCCAAGGCACUUUUGAAAGAGGACGACGAUUUGAUUAUCGCGGUGUUUGACUAUUGGCUCAACAAGCGUCUCAAAACUCAACAUCCCCUAUUAUUAACGGUUAAAACGGAGAAUCGAUUCGGCUCGGCUGCGAACAAUCCAUAUCUGGCGUUCAGACGACGCACGGAGAAAAUGCAAACACGUAAGAAUCGCAAGAACGACGAAACCAGCUACGAGAAAAUGUUGAAGCUUCGUAGAGAUCUUAGUAGAGCGGUCACGCUCCUGGAGAUGGUGAAACGCCGAGAAAAGACGAAACGGGAACAUCUGCACCUCACGAUCGAGAUUUAUGAGAAACGGUAUCAAGCGCAAGACUUCAGUGGACAAAUAUUGGCGGAAGUGUCGGCGUUAAAGGCACCGAGACCAGCGUUUGCUCCACUCUUUACCAACCAGUUUGGCGUUCAUCAAAAUUGGACGAACAAAGUUUGUAAAGACGAAGUAGUGCCCAGGAAAGAAAAGAGACAGUACAAAAAGCGGAAACAUAAAACGGAUAGCAGGGGAGGAAGUUUGGACGACAUUGGUAUUCGCAGCGGAACGGGUAGUGGCGGCCGAGGAAAUCGCCCAGGAGUACUCGGAAGUGGGCUGGACCCGCUCAUCAGUUCGGAUGAAGAUAGCCCGCUUCCAUCUCAUUCGCACUCUCAGCCCUCGUUACCUUCCGACCGCGAUGACGAAGACACUGCAGCAGACGAGGGUCAAUUCGUCUUUCGUCGAAAUAGGAAUAGCUCUUAUUUACCGCCUGUAUCAGGCGGUUUUGGAAAUUGGCCUUGGUGUGAUAAAAGCGAAGGCGGUAUUGCUGAUAAAAAGUACAGGUUUGCGCUGACUAGCAUUAACAAACCGGUACCAAGGUGUAUUGGCUUCGCACGACGGAGAAUUGGUCGUGGUGGCAGAGUGAUACUAGAUCGUUGCACCGAUAUGGAUGAUGUGUGGUCUACUUUAGAUUUCACGAUACACGAUUCCAAACGGGAGACAGCGGAUUCGAACGCGACUGCCGCAGCAACCACGACCACCGUCAAAAAAGAGUGGUUACAUUUUCGACCAAAGACUCCGCCUGUGUCGGUGCAUAGUCCAAGCGAGGAAAGUAGCGACACGGACUUGGACGUAGAGUCAACAGUGUCUCGAUCCAAGCUUCCAUACCCGUUCCCACCCGAGGCGACGUCCAUAUGCAUCGAGGUGGAGCCGGAACGCGCGGGUGACGAAUCGCCAUUUACGUCGGAGUUUAAUAUCGCGGAUUACUUCGCAAUGGACACUGUAUCGGACUUUGAGCUUGCAGUGGCGGGCCUGAAUAGUAGUACGGGUAGUGCGUCCGUCAGCAGUGGUCUCUCAGAUGGCAGCGUGAACGAAUCACGGACAGACGGCGAACUGGGCAGUUCACAUUUCGUGGUGACGCCGCUCACGAAUAAUCUGUUCGCGCCGCCUACCAAGACACAGCAGACCCGGCUUACCUAUUGCAGUGGUGGUUCUAGUGUUGUACAUACUUGUUCGAGUUCUUCGUCGAUUUCUCCGUCGUCCUCCGUCGUCGCAUGUACGACCAAUCAAGCCACCGUGGCAUCGAGUACGGUGUCCACGCAAUGCACUGUCGGUGUCAGUGCCGCGGUCGACACGCAAUCGAAUCAUCAGCCCAAGCAGCAACACAGACACGUGCCGAACAACAGUGUCGCUGCCUCCAUUCUCUCGAAAUCCUUGACUAGUCCGACAAAUAAUAGGAAUGGUAGCGGCUGCGGCAGUGGUGGUAGUAGUACCGGUGGUAGUGCAAAUGUUAGAGUGUUUAGUGCGAGUACCACGUGCAGUGGCAACGGUGGAGGCAGUGGUAGUGGUGGUGGUAGUAGUAGUAGCGGCAACGGCAGUAACGUCACAAACUUGGGCAAUAGUCACCAGAACGGCCCGCUGCCACACAUAAACAACUCUAACAAUCUGACGAACAGCACCCACGUCGUGAACAACCAACAGUCCACGUUGGUUCUACCGCAGAAGCAUCCGCCGUCCAAUCUGUUACCCGGCCUGAUAACGCAAAGUAAAUUGGCGAGCCUCGCGAGGCAGCAGCAGCAGCAGCAGCAACAGACGCAAAAUCAGGCGCCACAGGUCCCAACGUCCGGGGAAAUUACGCUUAAUAGUAAUAGUGAAAGUUUGGAUAUGGAAGUGGAUGGAGUGGACGGUUCGCCGUGCGACAGCAAACAGCAGCAACAGCUUGUACGGGCGAACAAAACAAAUUCACUGGCGAUGGAAGUGACAUGAUGCCUGCUAUCGGCACCCCUGUUGCCGCCAAUACGUCACUGGGGGCUUCGCUAAUUCUCUUACCUUGCCUAUGAUGUCUGUUUCGGGCGAGAGAUCGGACGCGUACUGAUGAUACACUGCGCUACGUUGACGUGAAAGAGCGAUACGGCUAGGUACACGUGCUCCUCCGAUCAGUUGUUUUGUUAUGGCGACGCUAAUCAGCGAUAGCGUGGAUUCUAAUGCAAGUACCAAGUUUCUUUUUCUUCUCUCCGUUGGGGGAUCGUGCUCCGUAUUCUUUAAAUUAUCUUUUUCCUUGCUCAUUGAACGACCAAUAACCAACUUACCGUUAAAUACGAUCGAUAGCCGUGUGAAAAAUAUUGCCAUUGUUUCUGUAGAUACAAGAUUCUCCGAAACUAAUCUAUCCGAUUGUCCUAAAUUAGCACUAGCGUUUUUAAUAACAGUGCUCGUUUUUCCUUUUUUGGUCUUUGUCUUAAAAAAUAGGGAAUGAUAUGUAGUCCAGGACAACGUGGGUCUUGAAUAAGUUUAACUCGCGAAUAAGUUUAACUGUAAAAAAAAUAAAAGAUUACGCGUAUAAUUAAGUUACUUGUCAAAGUAUAGUGUGCAAUACUUGUCCGUUGUUUUUAGUGACAAUAGUCUGCAAGAGUCUCGUUCGUUCAAUGCAAGGAAAAUCUGGAAUUCGAGACGCAAACUAAUUAUGUUUGUCUUGAUAUUGAAAUCCCUCAUUUAUCAGUUCAAUCUUACUUUGUUCAAUCAUAUAAUAAUUGGGCGCACAAUGCAGCAAGCUUUCUCAGACACAGCAUUAAUAAUUAAUUAUUGAAUUAUUAAAAGUCCGGUGUCCGGUGCCGCAUAAAUUAUUAAGAGAAAAGUUAUUUUAAUUUUGCAUAUUUCGUAACAUUUGUCAUAAAAAAAAUAAACACUCGAGAAUAUAGAAGCUUUGCGUGUGGACGUGUAUUCGAUAAUUAGAACGUGUCUCAGUUAUCCUAAAAUCAGAUAAUCGUUGUUUUGGAAAAAAAAAAUGAUUUUGGAUAAUUUCCUCCGCAACCGUGUAUGAAAAAUAGAUAUAAAGCAUUAUAUUAGCAAUGACGGGGAUUGUAUAGUAAUCUGCUUGUAAGUACAAUAGUAUGCUCGAAUUACAUCUCGUCGCUUUCCAGAUAAGUAACAGUUACAGAAAAGGAAAGUAGAUUAAUUAAUUUCUUACGAAAGUGUACGAUUUUUCUCAAUAAUGUAUAUAGAUUCGGUUCGCGAGUAUUGUAUGACUUUAUAUAGUGUAAUGCUCCUUAUAUAUAUUAUAUAUAUAUACAUACAUACAUACAUAUAAUACUACGUUAAAGGCUUCCAGGCUGUGAAAUAUCGAAGCUACUGUUAUCAAUUAAUCUUUGAUAGCAUUAAGUCAUUGUAAUCGUAAAAGAAUUUCUUUUCCCUUCUUUCUCUCCAGUAAUCGCCAAAAUGUACAUUUUGAUACCUGCAUAUCCAUCGCCGCGUAUUAUCCGACCGAUAUGCAAUUAUAAUGUAAUGUAACCUUAAUAAUGUUGCGUUUGGAAAGCUUGUAUCACGGGAUUUUUGUUUGCGCGAAAGGAACAUUUUUAUAUUGUGUUAGAAUCUACAAAGCUCACCGGGGGCAACGUAUAAGAAUACUUGUGUCUUUCACAUCAGUGACUGAAAUUAUUAUUAUCGAUGUUAGAAAAAUAUUGAAAUACUACGAGCAAUGGCGUUUGGCAAAGUAGAUAUACAAGCGGUUAAAUUUCAUUGUCUCUAAAGGCAGAUUCAUUUAAGCAACUGUUCUUCUAUGCGCGAAUUUAUUUCGUGUUUUUUUUUUUUUUUUUUUUUUUUUUACAUAUAUAUAUAUAUAUAUCUCCCGUAUAAACGAAUUUAACGAGAUAAGAUCGAAGCAAGAAGCUAUUACAAUAUUGCACCUCAUAUCACACUUUUAUCUGUCCUCUCACAGACUCGGUAUUCUACCGUAGAUUUACGUAAACGUCGGAAAGCUGUUCGAUACGUGUUCUUAUUUGUAGAAUAGAGUUCUUAUGGCUCGCGGACACGAACGUCGGGAUUGAAAGCCCGUGUGAAUCUUGCCACGUGUUACGCCACAUGUUACAGGCAUCGUGAGAGCAUGCAAAUAAAAUUCGGGCGUGCCAUUAAACCGUCUCGUUUGGACAGGUAUCUCAACAUUAUCCUCCGAGAAGGCAACGUCAAAUUACACACAAGUGACAUUAUACAUUCGUUCCCUUCACCCGUGUAUGUACAUGUAAUUCGCCGCCAAGUUCGAGAGGUAGAGUCUGUUGAUACAACUGAACUGAAAUUAUCUUGGCUGUAUCUACAGAGUCGACUCGAGCAAAACAUCUCGUACUCGUACAUUUAAUCGACGCAACCUUCCUUUAGGUAAAAUGUGUAUACUUUCGCCGACAAAUAUUCGAAAAUUAUCACGAAAAAAGAAGAACGUAGUAUAUCCUGGAUUUUCUACAUGUAAUAUGGGUGACAUGUAAUACGACUCUCUUCGUCUCUUAGUCUUUCUAUAGGACACCACUUGCUCUUCUGCCUUCUUCAUCAGAUUACAAAAAAAAAAUGUGUUUUAAUGUAAGGAGCAUAUAAAAGAAACGAGAGAGGAGAGUAUCUUUGCGAUUUAACCGAUUUGCCGAUUGUAUAUUUUAUUUUUAUAAAUACGGUGUUCUAAACGAGAUGACCUUUCCAAAUUAACGAUAACAAAUUUACGUGAGAGAGAAAGAGGUCAGAACGGUUCUUCGGUUGGAAUGCCUUGCAGAGAACAGAAUCACUUUUGUACCCUCUAUAGUCACACUCGACUCAUAUUCUUCUUUGACAUACUGAUAUUUGUACUUUUUCUCGUUACAAACAGAAUAACCGCGUACAAGAGUGGAUUAUAAAUUUGAGAUUACGCAGCACGUGAUUGUUAUUUGUUGCAAAUCGAAACGCGCGCAGGCACUGAUCAUUGAGUAUAAUCGACGGUAUAAAACAUGGAAUUUCUGAUUUAUCUGUGAACGCCUGGUCUCGCGGUAGCGAGCCAUAAAACGAUUCGUCGCCAGCCGUAACGCGAGAACGGUGGGGGAGUAAGAUUAUGGUGCGAGUGAUUACACAAAUCAUAGGGAGACUUCUCGAAAUCGUAAUAAAAUGAAACAAAAAAAAACCAGAUAUAUUGUACAUAUAAAAAUAAUUACGCUUAUUGUAUCUCUUACUUUUAGGUAAUUAACUGAAUAACUGUAAUUAAAAAAAAAAGAAACGUUGUUGUGGUAGACGCACAGCGAAAUGUGUAUGAAA